UUCACUGGAGGGGCUGGAGCUGGGCGGGAUUUCCCUGUGCGGAGCGGGGCUGGCUGAGCCGGCAGCCGGGGGCAGAGAGCUGCCUUCAGUCCCUUCCAGGGAAAAUUCCUCUCUGGAAUUUCCCUUCCCUUGUCACCGCAGCCCUCACGGCGGCGUCGCGGUCCCCCCUGUGCCGGGAGGAUUCCCCGUGCCCUGGAAUUCCUGGCUGCGAGUCCCAGAGCCGGCUGCUGGCACAGCACAGCACAGCCAGCGCUUUUAUAGGAGCAGGGCUGCCCUCCUCCUCCUCCUCCUCCUCCUCCUUCCUCCCGCCUUAGGGAGGAUGGUCCCGCUCCUCUGAGCCCCAAUGACCGCCCCUGAGCUCCUGCGAUCCCAGCCCCUCUCCCUGUGGCUUUUCCCCCCGCUUUUCCCCUCCCUCUCCUUCUCGUUAUUGCUCCACGCCCGUUGUCACAGGGAUGAUCCAGGGUUCUCCCCUCUGCCUGGAGAGCAUAAAUACCACCGGGGAGCUCUGGGAGACUGCGCUGGUCCGAGUCUGAGCCCAGACCUUGCACAUCUCCUGAGGCUUAUUCCAUCCUUUUUCCCCCUCCUCCUCGUUUAAAUACUUCAAAUACAUUAAGUUAUUUCCCACAAGCAGGCUUGGAGGAGCUGCAAUUACCUGGAGACUUGGAAGUACUCAGCAAGAGCUGCACUGAGCCACGGGAGUCCCUGCAGGAAAACCCAGCGUCACCUUCAUCUCUGCUUCUGCUGGCAGCAUGACCCCUGCCCUGCCCUGGAUCAUUCCUCUCGGAUGUGUGCUGCUGCUGACAAAGACAGCCGAGUGCUUUAUCUUGCCCAACUCGAGUCACCUGGAGAGCAUCCUGAGCAAGUACCAGCAUGGGGAAGCUCACUCCAGGUCCAAGAGAGCCAUUUUGUUCUCAGACAGACAGGAGAUACUGAUGCUCCACAAUAAACUGAGAGGUCAGGUGUAUCCAGCGGCCUCUAACAUGGAAUACAUGAGCUGGGAUGAGGAGCUGGAAAGGUCAGCACACGCCUGGGCUCAGCAGUGCAUCUGGGACCAUGGGCCCAGCGACCUCAUCAGGUCCAUUGGGCAGAACCUGGCAGUUCACUGGGGCAGGUAUCGAUCUCCAGCCUUCCAUGUGCAGUCCUGGUAUGAUGAGGUGAAAGAUUACACAUUCCCAUACCCCCACGAGUGCAACCCGUGGUGCCCAGAGAGGUGUACAGGUGCCAUGUGCACACAUUACACACAGAUAGUCUGGGCCACCACCAACAGGAUUGGCUGUGCUGUGAACGUCUGCAAGCAGAUGAAUGUGUGGGGAGAGAUCUGGGAGAACGCUGUCUACCUGGUCUGCAACUACUCCCCCAAGGGCAACUGGAUUGGAGAAGCUCCGUACAAGACUGGCCGUCCCUGCUCCGAGUGCCCUCCGAGCUAUGGGGGGAGCUGCCAGAACAAUCUCUGCUACAAAGAUCACCGUUAUGAAGAUCCCAUCAUUGCUGAGACAGACGAGACCAAUGAGGUGGAGAUCCCGCAGGUGGCGGAGCAGAAGCCGGUGCAGUUCCACCUUCCAGAAAACAAACCCAGCAAAACCAUCAAGGCCAAGAAAAUCACCCCAGAAUCCUACAUGACACAAGUCAUUACCUGUGAAACCAAGAUGAGAGACAAAUGCAGAGGCUCAACGUGCAACAGGUAUUUGUGCCCAGCUGGCUGCUUGUACAGUAAGGGAAAGAUCUUUGGAACAUUUUAUUAUGAAAGUUCCUCCAGCAUAUGUCGUGCUGCAAUCCACUAUGGAAUCCUGGACAACAAAGGAGGGCUGGUGGAUAUCACCAGGAAAGGGAGGACACCUGCUUUUGUGAAGUCCACCAGGAAUGGUGUGGAGUCAUUCAGGAAAAGCAAACCUUCAAAUGCAUUCAUGGUUUCCAAAGUCACAACACAGACUCUGGAUUGUUACACCACAGUAGCUGAGCUGUGCCACUUCAAAAAGCCAGCGAGCCACUGCCCAAGGAUUUACUGCCCUGCCCACUGCAAGGACGAGCCGUCGUACUGGGCGCCCGUGUUUGGCACCAACGUCUACGCCGAUAGCUCCAGUAUCUGCAAAACUGCAGUGCACGCAGGGGUCAUUUCAGAUGAAAGAGGAGGCUUUGUGGACGUGAUGCCUGUAGAGAAGAAGAAAACCUACGUGGGCUCCUUAAGGAACGGCGUCCAGUCAGACAGCUUGAAGAACCCUUCAGAUGGGAAUGCCUUCCGAAUCUUUGCUGUGAAGCAGUAAAAGACCCCCAGGGAAGGUGCAGGUUCCUUUGGGAGAGCUCUCUGUUGAUCUCCAGAGACGCCAAAAGCUCCUCUGAACGGCAUCAGCUCUGCCCGUACCCUCCUUGCCCAUCUCCUUCAGGGAAUUCCAAAAGAAAAGGGGGAAAAAAAAAAAGAAAAAACCCCAAAAAAAGACCCCAGGUUCUGACUCAGCUGUUGGCAUCUCAUCGCACCCGUGCAGCGUUGUAUCUUUUUUGUCUCGUGUUUUUUGUUUCUCUAGGGGCAUUCAGCGACCAUAAACUGUUCAAGGUUUCGUUUUACCAGAGGUGUUGCUACACAGGAUGGUGGUGGCUCCAUGUGCAGCAGAUUCAGGGAUCUCAGCCUGGCCCUGCAUGGUGUUUUUAGGGUGUGAAGCUUCUCCUGGGAUGGGCGUGAGGAUGAGCAGACUCGGGAGUGAGCGGCUGUCCAGGCGCUCUGGACACUUUGAAAUGAGAAACUCAUUGAAAAAUUGCAUUGUCUGGGGAGAGGAUGGGCUUUGGCAGAGUGAUUUUGUGCAUGUUGGAUAGUUUCUGUGCAAAAAAGCAUAAAAAGUGGUGUUUUCCCACUGAGGUGACGUGCAGCAUCUGUGUGAGGCUGCUGGAUACCUCAAGUGAUGGGGUUUGGGGAUGUUCUUGGCAGCCAAAAUUGAGGUUUUAUGGGCCUGGAGCAGGGUGUAAAACGGUGGCAGAGAUCCUCACUGCAGAAAAUGAGGCCACCAGAUCAUCCAAAGAGCAGGUUUGGUGUUUGCUGGUCAAACACUCCCAGGUAUUUUGGCAACCUCUGAGCAGUCAGAGAAUUGGGGCUCCUGUGCUGGCACAUCUCAUCCUAUACUUCAUGCCAUAACUUCAGUUAAAUGCAGUGUAUUGGUUUAUACAGCAGUGCUGGUUGUUUUAUAGUAGUUGAGUAGUGAUAAAAUUAAUCUUAUUUCUGCUAGGAAUGGUUGCAUCUGUAGGAAACAGGUUCACUUUCCCUUUGUGAAGCUCCUUGUGGUGUGUGCAGUUCUGAGACUUUAAAGGUGCAGCAUAAAUUGGGGUAGAUUAAUUUUUCCAGGAAUUUCCAAUUGUGAAGCCAACACAAUGCUGUACCCGUGAGUAUUUGAUA